GCAAUACAAUGAAUAGAUGUAAAAUACUCUGUUAAAUUUCCGGUGAACUUUUCCCGUCAAUCAAAAUAGGAAGUCCAAUGGAAAACAACUAUGAAGAGGGUAAAAAAUAAAAGGGUAGAUACAGUCAACCGAGCCAAAGUACAGUAGCUUCCACGACAUUUUUCUAGACUGACGGUAAAUACUCAGUCUUUUGGCUUCAUCAAGCAUAAGGAAAUGGUAAUGACGAACUAAGAAGCGAAGAUAAGGCAACUAAGAGGGUUUCCUUGUAUCGACGGAAAUGUUAAACGAUUGUCAACCGACAUCAAUUAUUAAUCGCCUGAACUUAGAGAAAAAAAAAUCCAUGAAGAAAGUCGGAUGAUUAAUCAGAGUUGUGGCAUCAAUGUCGACAUUGCACACCGAAGAAGACGUUGAGUAACAUAUGUGUGAAACGUGAGUUAGAGGCAUCUUGACGGAGCAGUAACACUUACAAACAUAUUGAGAGCAACAGAGGGGGUCACCCAACAAUAGACAUAACAUAGAACUCGUAAUGCACAUAGUACUGAUUUGAGGUGACGUUUUCGUAUUGCACCUAAUGAGAUAAAAAGCGAUUCUCCGUGUGUCAUAGUGCGCUUUUUAACAAGAUAAAAAAGCGAUUCUUUGGUUUACUGUUGCUUGAAGUGGAUCAACGGAAACGACGGAGGACGCGCUGCGUUAAGCCAGUGAUCAGAUAGGGAGCGCUUACACUUGGUCAAUUCCUACAAGCAAAUAGAAAGAUGAACAACACAACAGCCGUUACCUCAAUGGAAAACUUUCGAACCCUAGAAGAGCUGAACGCAUCGAAAGCCGAGCAGCGCCUCCCGACCGUCAUAUUCCUGAUCAUCAUAAUAAUCAUUGGAGUGAUUGGUAACACAGUGGUCAUCGUCGUUUACUCCUCUAAGUAUCCUCCCUCCACCUUCCGGUUGUACAUCCUGACUCUGGCAGUGAUUGAUCUACUUUCGUGCCUCAUACCUAUGCCUCUCGAAGUUGUUGACAACACAUACCCCAUAAUGUUCUAUAACGAGGGAUUCUGCAAGAGCGGCCGAUUCAUUGGAAAUGUGUUAAAGAUAGGAUCUGCGUUUGUCCUUGUUGUUAUGGCAUUAAGUAGAUAUAAAAAGAUAUGUCAUCCAUUUUCAAAGGCUACCACUUUGACCCAAGCUCGUCUAUGCUGUGCGGCAGCAAUCCUACUCGCCAUUGCCUUUUCCUGGCCAAACGCAAUCAUUCAAGGAAUCAAACACGUGUAUCUUCCAGGAAAUAUCACCGGGUACGAUUGUUCCAUCGACGACCUCAUAAGGAACACCCAGUACCCGUUCAUCUACUCGACUGUUCUGUUUGUGCUGUAUGUAAUCGUGUUUUUGAUGCUAAGUGUUUUGUACACGUUUGUGAUCCUUGCUCUCAGAAGACACUCUAGAAAGAGGUCCACCAAGAAAACCAACGACAAACUGGACAAAAUGAACCCCAGAAUCACAAAGCUCAUGAUUGCAAUCACCGUGGCUUUUAUCUUGUGUUACCUUCCUAAUUGUAUCCUAGACGCAGCCUCUACGUUCAAAAGGGGAGUCCUUUUCCCGCCAAGCCCAAUCGUUUUGGGAAUUCUUCCGCUGCUAGCCAGGGCUUUUUUCAUUAACAAUAUCAUCAACCCUUUCAUAUAUCUGGUUGGAGAAUCAAAGUUUCGAAAUAUCGUGAAACAAAGUCUGAGAUGGCUUUACUACACAGUAUGCUGUCCUAAACAGAAAAGAAAGCAUAGUUUCGCCAUAACGGAGUCCAUACGCUUAACAGAAGUUAGAUCGCAGUCUGGAUAAUUCCAUAAAAUAUUAUCAAAGCCAACUAUGAACACCGUCAAAAUACAUUUUUUAUGAUGACAUGACGAUAUUUGUCUACAUUUAUGAAUUUAUAUUAUAUUAUAUAACAAUACUUUUUAUUUCACAAUUAAGAUGAAUUUAUCCUUG